AUGGUGCCAUUCUUGAGCAGUAUAAACUUGGAAGUAGUGAAUGUUUCUAUCUACGGUGUGGUUAUAGUGAAUCUGCCCGUGCUGCCUGUAAACUGCUCUGAAGGGCGGCAAACAAGAGAAUCUCUACCCGUAUCACUCACAGGAAGUCCUUUCACAGUCUCAGCAGAGUACAACACGUUUGCUGUACUAGGCUGCAACGCUGCUGUAUGGUUUCAUGAUAAUGGAACUCUUGUUGGAGGAUGCCUGGCUAUGUGUGAUGAUGCUAAUUCUACAGAUGUGAUCAGUUGCAAUGGCAUAAAUUGCUGCCAAACAUCAAUUCCAAGACGAGUCCAAGAGUUUGAGUGUACUUACCAAAGUAUUCAAACCAGCAAUAGAAGUUUCUGUGGGUAUGUUUUUCCUGUUGACAAGAAAUGGUUGCAAAAUCAGGAUUACAAAAGGUAUAGAGGCCUUGUGGAUGACCGGUUGAAUCCAUUUGAUCGUGAGUUUGGAUUUGUGCCAUUGGUACUUGAGUGGGAAUUUGAUAAACAAAAUGGUUAUUGCUCAUCUCCUUCUGAUGUGAUCUCUGGAAGUAGUUGCAAGGACAUAAAUACUUUGUUUUAUGUAUCUUCAACAAAAUACUGCACAUGUGGAAAACACGAAGGAAAUCCAUAUAUUGUUGAUGGAUGUGGGAUAUCUCCGAAUGAAGGAUCUCAACCCGUCAUUAAAAUAGUAUCCAUUGUUAUCGGCAGUGUGGUUGGUGUGCUGCUCGCUGCAGCUUGGAAAUACCACAAAGCUAUUACUCGCACUCUUAAGGCUAAAGAGGUUAACAAGGCUAACGAGGCUAGCCGAAAACACAUGUCUUCGAAGAAAGAUGGAAGCAUUUUGUUGGAGCAACAGUUGGCUGCUCUUGAGAAUGACAUUGAGAAAACCAGAUUGUUUACUUCUGUUGAGUUGGCAAAGGCUACUGAUGAUUACAAUGAGAAUCGAGUACUUGGCCGUGGUGGUGAAGGUGUUGUGUAUAAAGGGAUGUUGGAGGAUGGAACAAUUGUAGCAGUGAAGAAGUCAGAGGGGUUGAACCAAGGUGAUGUGGUAGACUUCAUUAAUGAGGUAGUUAUUGUAUCACAGAUAAACCAUAGGAAUGUGGUCAAGCUGUUGGGUUUUUGUCUGGAAAGUGCAGUUCCUCGUCUUGUCUAUGAGUUCAUCCCCAAUGGGACUCUCUUCUCUCACAUCCAUCAUCCGCACGAGGAUUUCCCCUUAUUCUGGGAAUUGCGGGUGAGAAUUGCCAAGCAAGUGGCCGGAGCACUCGCCUACUUGCACUCUGCUGCAUCUGUCCCUAUCUAUCACCGUGACAUCAAGUCAACCAACAUACUCUUGGAUGAAAAGUAUCGUGCUAAAAUAUCAGAUUUUGGGACGUUAAGAUCAAUUUCCCUUGAUAAAACUCACGUGACUACCCGAGUGGUAGGCACGUUCGGGUACGUGGAUCCGGAGUACUUCCAAUCGAGCCAUCUCACUGAAAAGAGUGACGUUUACAGCUUCGGAGUGGUGCUGGUUGAGCUUUUGACAGGGGAGAAAGCUGUAUCGGCUGUUAGAGUUGAGGAAGGAAGGGGUCUGGCCACGCAUUUCCUGCAUUCCAUGGAACAAGAUCAGUUAUUCAAUAUUGUGGAUGCGAGGGUGCUCAAAGAGGGCAAAAAGGAGGAAAUCGAGGCGAUGGCUGAAAUCGCAAAAAGAUGUCUCCAUUUGAACGGGAAGGGCAGGCCAACGAUGAAGGAAGUUGCACACCACUUGGAAGGAAUUAAAGUAGAGAUUCCUGAAAAACAGAUACAAAGCAGUGGCUGUGAUCCGACUGAAGAUGUGGACUCUGAUGGCUUCUCUCCCAUCUCAGAAAUCAUUGAAUGUUCAUCAUCUGACGAAUCUUGAAGAAUAUUACUUUGACAUGUCUGAGCAAGCAACCCAAUCAUUUUCUUUAUCUUUCAGCUAUUUGGAUUCUUGUAUCUGUGUGUGUUUACCUUUUCAUGUUUCGUCAUUUAUGCAUAUUUUUAAAACUUCUAAGGGUGUCCACAAUGGUGGCCCUCUUGGGCAUUCCCAAGCCACCAUUUCUUGGGCAUGCCCAACAAACUUGGCCCUGCCCAUGAAAACUUGGUCACCACAAUGGUAGCCCCCUGGGCCACCAAUUAAAAUUAUUUUCUUAUA